AUGGACGUCGUAUACGUGCGGCAAUCGAGUCGCCCCCACGAGGUAGCAGGGCCCGAUGGCAGGCGGUCAUGGGAUGUCACCAUUCAGGUCAACAAACAACCAGAGAGUACCAUCACCAUCACAGAUCCGUUCCUCGAGGCGGAGUACAAAGACAUCUUUGAGGACUAUCUCCGUAACUCGGACCGUCAGCAUUGGAGCCUGCAGAGCCUGGAGCUCGAGGACAGCGGCACGGAUGGCGUAUCGCUGGCAGAGCAUCGCAUACAUGCAUAUGGGGAGAUUCUGCUCGCCCAACUGGGCCUCUUGCGGCCGAGAGUGCUUCGUACGGGUAGUACCGAGGUCCAGCUCGUCGUUGUUGAACAUUAUGACUCCCACGAAGAUGAAAAGUCCAUUAACAAGGCCGGAGGCAUCCACUGCCUUGCCUGGGAGCUUCUCGAAUCUGUCAGGAGCCCGCUGAUGCGGAACCUGCGAUUGAGAGUGACACGGGUGAGUGACUUUGCCAGCCAGCUAGCUCGACCACUGGGACCGCCACGGUCGUUGUCGAGUGUACAAGUCAACCCCAACGGUUCGUUUUACGUGCUGCUGGUGAUUGCCCGCGACUUCAGCCGGUCCGGGGCUGACCGUGACCCGGAGCCUGAUUUGGCUCAGUGGCCGUUGAUGAAUGUGCAGAAGAAGCUGAGGAGCCGGUUGCUGCUGGAGGUGGUGCGGCCGGGCAGUAUAGAGGAGCUGGAUGAGCAUCUGAAGGUGAGGGCUAGCCAUGGAGUGCAGUUUAACUUGGUCCACUUUGACCUUCACGGAAGGAUCAUGGAUGAUGAGUACGGCCGGCAAAUGCCUUGGCUUCUGUUUGCCAAGAAGCCUCUAGGCCUCAGCUCGCACGUAAACCAAGUUCCACAGACUCAUCUCGCCAAGGCAUCAGAUGUCGCCAAGGUGCUGGCCGACUAUCAUGUCGAGAACGUGGUUCUGAAUGCGUGCCUCUCGGCGUACAACCGAUCGGGCCCGUCAACAAACCUGGCCCACAUCUUUCUCGAGCGUGGCGUCCACAACGUGUCUGCCAUGUGGUUCUACGUGCACUGGCAGACCGUGGCGACGUACCUCGAAGCCUUUUACAACGAGCUACUGAUUAAAGGCACCGACUUUCACGUGGCGGCGCAGCGAGGCCGGGACGCCAUUCAGCGGAAUCCUACGAAACGGACGGGGCAGCCGUACCAGGACUUUUUUCUGUGCGUCAACUACACCAGGGAUAUUAGGAGACCAGCUACGAUUCACAGGGAGCCGAGCCCGACGCCGUCGGCGCACUCAGCCGAGUCGUCCACGUCGAAUACUUCGAUGAAGAGCUUCAUGAGCGGCAAGUGGAGGCCGUCGACGCCUCGGCUCAGCGACAGCUUCCUGAUUGGAGACGAGCCCAUCAUGCGGCUACAGCUCCACCUGCUGGAGCUGGAGUACAAGCUCAUGACGUCCCGGGUGGUGUACGCCAGCGACCUGCGGAGGACCGGAUCGGACCUGAACGCGACGAUUGAGAAGAUGGUGACCAUGUGGCUCAACACAAACUUGGUGGACGACGUGUACUACUACAAGGCCAAGGACUUUGCCAAGCGCAAGACGCUGACGGGCUCGGUGCCGUACCGCGAGAAGCGCUCGCGAGCAUCGUCCGGAGGCUACCUGCAACUGCUGUUCCCGCGGCCCGUUCGGGCGCUCCGGCAGACGCUGCACAUUGUGCGGGAGGUGGACCCCGUGGUGGACCCCGGAUGGCAGGCCGACGACGUGGAAAACCAGCGGAGCGAGGAGAGACGCUCGCAGGUUCAGGAUGGGCUAGAGAAGUUCGUGGAGAAACUGGAGAGACACAGCUAUCUGCUCUUCAUUGGUAGCCAAGACGCGCAGUGGUACCGCACGUAUCUGCAGUAUCUGCGGGGCGAGUGGUGGCUGCACAUGCCAUGGACGUUUACGGUGCAUAGUCGGUACGUCAGGGAUCCGUGA